AUGGGCUCUCUCGCCUUCCUUUUGCUUCUCCUUAUUUCCAUCGCUUCGGCUACUGUUAAUCAACAUGGUAAUGAUUAUUUUUUGUUAUUUUACUGUAGUUUAAUCGCUAUUUUUACUGUUGAAGUACAUUCUUUUGUCUUGCUAUACGCAUUUUUGUUUAUUUUUAUAUGUGGAACGGACUGUUUAUUAGGACAUUUUAUAAAACUAAACGUAACUUAUAUAAUUUUAUAUUAUUUUUUGUUCACAACACAUUUUCUUGUCCUAUUUUAUACUAAAAUGACGUUUUGUUGCAGACCUAAAGUCCUACAAAGGCUAUGACCUGGUCGAGAUUAAUGAUCCGGCUGAGAAAAGUGCUGGGAUCUACUUCAGAAUCAGCCAAAGAGGGGUGGAUUACCUAGCCGACCUCACCUCCGAUGGGUUACCAUUGAUCUUCCAUCGUAUGAUGUUGCCGACCAUCUCGGAGAGUGGAUUCAAGAUCCACGAUGCCGUUAUUACCAAGAUUGUUCGACCAGACAUUUCUGUCAAGUUUCUGAAAGGAUACGGUAAGUAAUUGUUAUUGUGAUUUUUACUGUAUUUUUGAUGUUAAAAUUGUAUUAUGCGAAGGUUGAAGAAUAGUAUAUUUUCGCACAUAAAUGACGUUUUACGAACUUUUUAACAAAAUCUAAAAAAGAUCAAAAAUCAGUCAGCUCUCGAGCUGAAAUGUGACAGAAUAUCCAGUAUCAUAUGCUCUUUUGAUAAACAUGUUUAGAUAUUCGUAUAUUGACAAGAAUAGUAUAUAACGCUUUUGAUCUUCUAAUUUACAAUAAAAUUUUCGAAACUAAAUUGAAUUUUGUAAAAAAUUAUGACAAAGAUGACAGUUUAUAGCAAUGUUGCAGGUGUUGACAUUUCUAUCAGAAUGCCAGAAUUAGAAAUUCGUGGCAACGCAGAACUAGACGUGCUCAUAGCAUCGUACUCGUCACAAGUCGUAGCCUUAUCCAAGAAUAUGACAGUCAGUAUGAGAGUGGCGAUCAGGAGGAACCUCAACGAAGAUAUUACUAAUGUUACAGUAAGUCGACGUAAUCUUAGAUUAUGAUGUACCACGUAAUAACUUAUAAAAGGUUGGCAUUGGACAGCUAAAGUAUUAACAUGUUAUUGUUUAGGUAUCUCACUGUUCUGUUAAUCCAGGAGCGCUAAAACUAGAUUACUACGGUAAAGACGCUAGUGAAUUCUACAGUAUUGGUAACCUAAUCCAGAACGGUAUCGACAGCGCCAUCAAAGACAAGAUUUGCGUUUUACCACCUUUGGUUCGAGAGUUUUUGAGGGAAAAGGUAUACUAAAAUGACUUUUUUAUUUUCAUUAGCUAUAGUGGCAUCUUUUUAAUUUUUAUUCGACAUAUAAAUUUAGAAUGUUAUUUUCAGAUAGACCUGUUGAUGUCCAGAAGAACCCCCAAAGCUGAAGUCAACCCAGAUCUGGCGGAAAUGACCGAAAAAGAAGAGAAAUCAGUAAUCGACCACUUGUGUGGUGGACUGGAAGAUGACAAUGUUUAUGACUCCGAUCUGUUCGAUGAAGACGAAGAAGAGCCGGCUGUCAGCAUCGCUCACAAAGGUCACAAGUUCGUGCCCGACCUGACCCUACGAUAUCCACCGACCUUCUCCAAAAACGUAAUAUUAUCUUUUAGGCUUAUUACUCUUUAGGAUCUGAUCUUUGGCGUGGACGGAGGCGUGCUGGUCAAUGGAAAUCCACCCAGGAACGCCAGUGAACGGCCAAAACUGGGAGAAGUUACAGUACUCCGGGACCAGGUAAUUUUUGAACUCAAAAGUAGUACAAGGUAUUAUAAUAUAUUGUAAUUAGGUAGAAGAGUCAACGUUAAGUAAAUAACUUUAAACAACAUUUUCAGAUGGUAGGACUGAUCCUGAGCGAGUACGUGUCAAACAGCCUCUUCCACCAGAUCUACGACCACGAGAUGGGACAUGUUUCGGUGGUAUACGGUAUCAGACACAUCCCCAAGGUGUUCCGCCCCAUAGCCAAGCUGGUGUGUUCGGAUUGCAAACUGCUGAUUACAGCAAACCUAAGUCGGUAUGCCAUUUUAAGUUCGUACUGAUCAUCCUACAGAGUACCAGAUAGCCAGAUCGACACCACCGGCAUCCUUCUGAAGCUCGAAGGCGACGUCAGUGCUUUGUUCUUCCGCAACAACGAGACCCAUAACAUCCUGACCACGAACGGAGUCAUCAGAGUAAAUGUAGGUUAAUAUGCAAAUGUAGAUAACUGUGGUAAGAUUAAACCCAGAUUCCGACACAGCCGCCUCUUCAGCGAUGUUCUCCUGGCCGGAGUUGACUUCAAGGUUCAUAGGGUGAGUAAUAUCUACGUAAUGAAUGUUACUUUUAAACAAGAAAAUGCUGCUCCCAAACAAUAUUUGACCUUGAUAUGUAACAAUAUGAGAAAGUAACAUACUAUUGCCCACACAAAGCCUAAGCUUCCUAAAUCUUGCCAUUUCAGGCCGGGUUGAGCGGGACAAUGUCAGGCCUUGUAAGGAAGAUCGUGACCUUUAUGAUCCCGCGUGCUAUUUGGCCAAAGAUCCAGCAACGACUUCGUCUAGCCAUGAGCUACAAAGGCGUCAGAAUCCCUCGUUUCUGCACCCUUGAGCUACGCAACCUUCACGUUGACUACGUGAAGCACGCGGCUGUUUUAUCGACCGACUUCGAUGUUGACCUUCCUCUGCUGGUGAGCUCAUUCAAACAGUUUGUGGACACGGCUACACGAACUACAGAGACCUUGGAUCAGUACAGAGAAGUGUUCCGGUAUUUGUAA